GUUCCUGGCUGCUUCUGAGCUCACCCCAUCCUCCGAGAGGGAGGAGGCCAAGUGGUGAUGCCGCUGCUUCUGCCGAUUCCAUUGCUGAUACUCUAGCGAGCUGGAAGGGUGGUUCCUGUUCGCACCAUCACCAACCAGAGAGGGAGGGGUGAAAAAUCCCAGCAGCCGCUGCUGAUGUUGGGUUCCAGGGCUGCAUCUGACUCGGUCUCAAGGAAAAUGGAUUCAGUUUGCAUCUCUCCUUCCUUUCAACAGAAUCUUCGGGUCUCAUCAAGGGCUUCCAGGGCAGCGACUGAGCACACCUUACCAAGAAGCACCACACAGUAGAUGCAGAAACAUCAUGCUCCUGGAUAAGAAGAAUAACAUGGCAGCACCUGUUUGAAAGGAAUUAAAGAUCCAACAGACUCCAUUUAGAAAGGAACAAUGUCCAAGAAAGCACGGAGCAAGGGCGAGAAGCCCGAGUCUCUCAUUGUUGCCCUUCAAGCUGCCAAUGAAGACCUCAGGACCAAGCUCACCGAUAUCCAGAUAGAGCUACAUCAAGAGAAGUCCAAGGUAUCGAAGCUUGAAAGAGAGAAAACUCAAGAAACAAAGAGGAUCCGUGAGCUGGAGCAACGCAAGCACACGGUCCUGGUGACAGAACUCAAAGUCAAGCUCCAUGAGGAGAAAAUGAAGGAGCUGCAGGCUGUGAGGGAGAAUCUCAUCAAACAGCAUGAGCAAGAGAUGUCAAGGACGGUGAAGGUGCGGGAUGGGGAGAUCCAGAGGCUCAAGUCAGCUCUCUGUGCUCUCCGAGAUGGCAGCAGUGACAAAGUAAGGACAGUGCUCACCAUUGAGGCCCGGGAGGAGGCCCGGAAACUGUUUGAUGCAGAGCGCCUUAAGCUCUUACAGGAAAUUUCGGACUUGAAAACUGCCAAGAAGCAGGUGGAUGAGGCUCUAAGCAAUAUGAUCCAAGCGGACAAAAUCAAGGCCGGGGACCUUAGGAGUGAACAUCAGUCCCACCAGGAAGCCAUCUCCAAGAUCAAAUGGGAGUCAGAGCGGGAUAUCCGGAGGCUGAUGGAUGAAAUCAAAGCCAAGGACAGGAUCAUCUUUUCCCUGGAAAAAGAGCUGGAGACCCAAACAGGCUAUGUACAGAAACUCCAACUGCAAAAGGAGGCUUUGGAUGAGCAGCUAUUUUUGGUCAAGGAGGCUGAAUGUAACAUGAGCAGUCCUAAACGAGAAAUUCCAGGAAGAGCAGGAGAUGGCUCUGAACACUGCAGCAGUCCUGAUUUACGAAGAAAUCAAAAGAGAAUAGCUGAAUUGAAUGCCAUGAUAAGAAAAUUAGAAGACAGGAAUACCUUACUUGGUGAUGAACGAAAUGAAUUGUUAAAACGCGUGCGGGAAACUGAAAAGCAAUGUAAACCUCUUCUGGAGAGGAACAAGUGCCUCACCAAGAGAAAUGAUGAAUUGAUGGUAUCUUUACAGCGUAUGGAAGAGAAACUGAAAGCUGUUACCAAGGAAAAUUCAGAAAUGAGAGAAAAAAUAACAUCUCAUCCACCCUUGAAGAAAUUAAAAUCUUUGAAUGACCUUGACCAAGCUAAUGAAGAACAAGAGACAGAGUUUCUAAAACUUCAGGUUAUUGAGCAACAGAACAUUAUUGAUGAGCUCACAAGGGACCGAGAAAAACUCAUCCGCAGGAGAAAGCAUCGACGAAGUUCCAAGCCAAUUAAGAGGCCUGUUUUGGACCCAUUUAUUGGCUAUGAUGAGGACUCCAUGGAUUCAGAGACGUCAUCCAUGGCCUCAUUUAGAACAGACCGAACACCAGCUACUCCUGAUGACGACUUGGAUGAAAGUUUAGCGGCAGAAGAAUCAGAACUGAGAUUUCGGCAGUUAACAAAAGAAUACCAAGCCCUCCAAAGAGCCUAUGCUCUGUUGCAGGAGCAGGCUGGAGGCAUCAUCGAUGCUGAAAGAGAAGCCAAGGCACAAGAACAGCUCCAAGCAGAAGUGCUAAGGUAUAAAGCCAAAAUUGAAGAUCUGGAAGCAACCUUGGCUCAAAAAGGGCAGGAUUCACACUGGGUAGAAGAUAAACAACUUUUCAUUAAGAGAAACCAGGAGCUUUUAGAAAAGAUAGAAAAACAGGAAGCAGAAAACCACCGGUUACAACAAGAACUACAGGAUGCCCGAGACCAGAACGAGCUGCUGGAAUUUCGAAACCUAGAGCUAGAAGAAAGAGAAAGACGAUCUCCUCCAUUUAAUCUACAAAUUCACCCGUUCUCAGAUGGUGUAAGUGCUCUACAGAUCUACUGCAUGAAAGAAGGUGUCAAGGAUGUGAACAUCCCUGAUCUCAUAAAGCAGCUUGAUAUCUUGGGUGACAAUGGGAAUUUAAGAAAUGAAGAACAAGUAGCCAUAAUUCAGGCUAGCACUGUGCUUUCCCUGGCAGAAAAGUGGAUUCAGCAGAUUGAAGGAGCAGAGGCUGCCUUGCACCAGAAAAUGAUGGAACUGGAAAGUGACAUGGAACAGUUCUGCAAAAUAAAAGGCUACUUGGAAGAAGAACUAGACUACAGAAAACAAGCUCUUGACCAAGCUUAUAUGAGGAUCCAGGAGCUUGAAGCUACUCUUUACAAUGCCCUACAGCAAGAAACAGUUAUCAAGUUUGGUGAAUUAUUAAGUGAAAAGCAACAGGAGGAACUGAGGACGGCAGUGGAAAAGUUGCGGCGGCAGAUGCUGAGAAAGAGCCGAGAGUAUGACUGUCAGAUUCUUCAGGAGAGAAUGGAGCUGUUACAGCAAGCCCACCAGAGAAUUCGUGACUUAGAAGAUAAAACAGAUAUUCAGAAAAGACAGAUAAAGGACUUAGAAGAAAAGUUUCUGUUUCUAUUCUUGUUCUUCUCUCUUGCCUUUAUUCUAUGGCCUUGAUGUCAAGGUGCCUCUUAAAGAGUAACCGAGAACAUGGAUAAGACCCCAGAAAGGCAAAUGCUUCUAAACCUUCAAAUAUGGCAAAAAAAAAAAAAUGUUUACACCAGUGAAAGAGAGAUUAAAAGCUAAGAACUACCCUGUAGCCAGGACUACAACUGUGUAUUUUAAAGCCAUUAUUCAAGGUUUCUUACUUGACAGUUCCUACAUGACCCUGUUGAAAAUCUACAAUGUAUGCUGCAUUAAUGAAAAGUGUAUAUGUCAAAUCAGAAGAAAAGAACUAUUAACAUAUAUUGUAUAAAGAAAAAGUUCAACAAUGGAACCAGUUUCAGCAGAUCAAGCAAAGAUGUGUCUUGGGCAUGGAACCAAAGUUACAAAGAAACAUUCUACUCCUGCUGUGCAGGGGGGUCAUUUUAAUGUAACACCACACCCCAUGGAAAAACUAGUUCUGAAAUAAACUUCAUUUUAAAAAAUGAAAACAAAAUAAAAAUUACGGGAGGGUGGGAAAUGAAGCACGAGGAAUACCUAUGAGGAGCUAUUUACAAUAAAAUAUUUCAUUUGAAAAGUCUGGUUUCUUACUACAGGGAUUUGCUUUUCUGUUUUUAUUAUUGUUUAAAACUCAGGAACAGAAAUAUCUGCAAUAUGAAUGGGAAGAGAAAGAGUCUUCAGUUUGUUGUUUUAUAAAAAGUGGAGUUUAUGGAAUGCAUUCCAUGGAUAAGAAGCAGAUCAUACUGACCCAGACUAAACUGGCAACCAAGAUGAAGGACUCAAGCGAAUGUAACUAAGAAAUAAAAGCAGAUUUGAUGCCUCCUUGGCCUUCUGUCACAUCUGUUCUUCCACAAACAACAGACUGAUCUCAUUCAUAUUGAAAAUUAAGAAGAUGAUGCUAUCUUUAACUCACAGGCUCCCUGACUUACUUGUUUAGAACCCCAAGUUCUAUAAUGAACAUGGGCCAGAGAGCUUCUCCGAAUCUUUCAAUUUCCAGAAUACUGAUUUUUCCAAAGGCUGCUUCAAAUUGCCUGCAAAUAAAUGUGUUAUAUGAUAGAAGCAGUAAAUAAACUUCUACCAACAGUUGAGUUUUCCACAGAGGUGUGAAUGUUAAAGUAUGAUUGUUUUUUAAAGUAUAGUGGUAAGCCCAGAGCAUUCUGACCACUUGUCAUUUCGACUGAUGACUUUUUUCCCCAGAAAGCUGACAGUGACAAGAUAGUUCUACUGUUUUUAUAUACAAGUAACAUUGUGUUACCAACAAGGUCAUUUUCUACCAGAAAAGAAAAGACUGGUGUUACUUUUAAAAAGUUAUGUAAUAUGAAUCAUGGAUUCAGCUUUGAAAUCAAAUAAAUGUUCCUGAAAAGCUUAUCUUACACCUCAUUUACUGUAGAUAACUAAAUGGUCUCACUCUUCACGUUUUUAUUUACAGGGCUAGAAUACAGAGAAGGGGCCAGAAACUCUUUAUGUAAUGCUACACAAGUCCUUUCACACAUGGACUCAGUAAUUUAUGCUUUCCUUUAGCACUGGCAUUUUCAAAGGCUGAAUAAUGUAGAAGAAAAGCUAGCAAGAAAGCUGGCAUCUCACUACUUGUACAUUUUUGCUAACCUUUUAACCUUUGGCCCAGUCACUUAACCUUUCUGUGCCUCCGUUUCCUCAUAUGCAAAAUGAGGUUAAAAUGCUUUUUCAUAAAGUUUCUUUCUGUUUUUUUUUUCUCUUUCAAUUCUGGAACAAGAGGUGCUUAAAGUAGCACAAAGUGCUCUGUAAUUACUAUGUCUUCUAUGUUAUUUGACUUUCUUGCAUUGUUGAGAAAGAGUCCCCUGUGUAGUAAGUGCUUCAGUUCAGUUGAUGUAAACACUGCAGCACUGAAACUUUCCCAUCCACCUACCUGGGGCGUCAUUAGCAAUAAAGAUUUAGAGGUCCAGAAAUAGGAUCUCUAAUAAUCUGUAACAAAUAGAUCAUUUCAUAUUACUGAAAAAAAAUUAGAAGAAUGUAUCAUUUUAGUGACAGGCAGAUCUCCUAGUGGUCCUUACAGUAUAUGCACGCCAUAAUACAAAGCUCCACGUCUGACAGAAGAACCAAUCAUGAAAUUGGGUCUGAGUGAAUUGACAGUAUCACAUAUUUAGCUUGAUAACCUCUUUCAUGUUAGAGAAAGUGCUAGUGAUAUGUCCCCCCAGAAACUUAACAACAACAACAGGAGUAUCUGCUUCUAUAUUUUCUGCUCAAAUAGUAUCUGGAUUGAAUUUGCAUAGUAGAUUCAUUGUACAAGCAGUGUGUAAGAGGGUGUCUCUAUCAUCCUUGAUUUAACCUGUUUAGGUACCAGGCAGAAAUUAUGGGAGAGGAUAAAUGAUCAGCAUCUUAGACUUAUCUUCAUUACUACUCUUUGUUGACCACUCCAAGGUCUAUCCGCACAAAUUCAUACUUCACUAGCUCCAUAAACAUUUUCUUUCUCUUCCUCUGCUUUUCCUCACGAAGAACUUCUAAGUUAGAUUUUGUAUUCAAGAACUGACUGCAGCUUAAAUGAUCAUAAAUGUUUUCAAAAACUAGUAUGGUUUAAUUUUAUACCUUAUCUCCUAUAAGUCUGACUAUCAUACAUACAAGUCCAUAGGAGAGUAAUCAUAGCUAGGAUGAUCACUGAGGCAGCUUUAGAUGUGUUUUAGGGAAGUAAACCAAAUUUUUUUCUUUUGAUUCAAGACCCAGGAGAUUAGCAGAGUUCACUGGAUUGUAGAACAGGCAGUGAUAAUUUUACCCAAUGUCACUCAGUGCUCAAAAACAAUGUGUUGUUGAUAUGACUUAAAUUUUUGAUAGAAUAUUGUUUCUUGGUCUUUUGGCUAAGACUAAAUAUUGUGUCUGUGCUCCUAAGAUUAUUAUUUUAAUAGGUAUAUCUUUCUGUUACCAUGUCCACAGUUACAAAAUCAUUAAUGUAUAUUGUGCAUGAAAAUGGGCCAUAUCUAAAUGAGUGCUUCCCUUUCUGAGAUUCAGCAAUAUCAAAAAAUAAUGCAAAUGUCUUGUUACACAUGCCCCCACACUGAUCUUUAGUUUUUGCAUGUUAACUAUCCUGACAUUUUUGGCCAAUGAGUUAGUAGCAAUAAAAACAGUAUUCUUCAGGGUUCAUCUACUGAAUUUUUCCUAAUAUAAUAUUCAUCUUUUGGAAAAUAAGUAUAACUGAUACUUUAAAAUUUAGCAUACUAUAAAAAAUGAAGCUUUUGAACACAAUUACUCAAGAACAGGAAAAUGUGCCAGAGAAAAGGGGGAAAAUAGAGUAUAUUUGGCUAUGCUACUAGAAAGUAUCAUUAAAUCAUAACGUUUUUAAUGCCACUCAACUAUUAUUUUAAGAAAGGCUAGAAUUUUGAAGAAAUAAAUAGCAGCUCCUUUUAACUUAUGUCACAUAUAUGAAAACAAUUGCCAAUCUUGAGGUUAUAGGAACACAAAGUAAAUUUCACUUACAUAGGUGACAUAGAUCUUCAGUAGUAUAGAAGUGGUGUGGUGGGCUCAUGGAUCAUUACUGGAGUACAGAGAAGACGCUGUCCACUAGUAAUAAUACACUUUUGCCAAAUAAUGUUGCUGCAGUAUUUUGUUCCACCUUAUAUUUGAUUAUUUGCAGUUAAACCUCUAGCAAACUUGUUUCUUUCUUUCUACUUAUUGUUAACUUUUUUUUGUAAACCCAUGUGUAAGUCUUUAAGCCCACUGUUUUCAUUGUAAUUCAUUAGUUCAUUGUUUAAAAAUGAAGUUUGUUCUUGUUCAACUUGCCUAAGUUUUCAAGGAAACUGUAUAAAGAUAAUAGUCACCAGUUAAUAUUGAUGGAUAAAUGAUUGGAUUUUGUGUUUUAUAUCAAAACAGGUGGACGGCAAAAACAAUAUUUUUAAAUAUUUAAUUGCAUUUUGAUAGGCCUGUGACACAAUAUAUAUGUUCAUAUACAUACAUAUGAAGAUACUGAUAUUUUUAGGGAUUCCAUUGCUUAUUGCCCUUUGUGAAUUUUCAAAAAAAAAUACUGUACUGCUGAUGUAAUCAUAAUUUUGGGCACUUUAAUUUUAUCACUUAAUAAUUUAGAUAUAUCUAAAUUUCAACAUAAUUUUUGAGAAUUAACAAUUGAAAUAAAUCUUAGAUAAUUGUUUAUAUCACAACUUAAUGGCUCUAGUGAGGAUCCAGACCACACAUUAAGUGGACUUCUACUUUCUAAGGAGAAAAAAAAAAAGGUGGGUCACCAGAUUUUGAGGAAGGAAAACUUCCAUUCUGUUCAACAGCCUUGCCGUUACAAUUUAACAUAUUGUCAUGAGGCUGGAUCUAAGUCAAAUCAAGAGAUUUUAGACACGAUAGAAAACAAAAGUUGAUUCUUGCAAGGUCUCCUCAGUGCCAAACCCUAGUUGCGUUUUGUAUUGGGCAGGACAAGUUCAUUAUACGUGUGCUACACGUACAGGGGCCUGGUGUUGGAGCACCUGCUUGAGUACACGUUACAUAUGCUACACUUAGUCUGCUAGUUUUGUUCUCUAUAAAUAAGUCUUGUUGAGACUUCCAGCCCAAUAAUAAUGAAAAUUAUUAAAGAUAUGUUUCAAGGGGGUAAUGUGAAUUGAAAGAAUUUGUAAUAUUCAACCUAGCAUAACACACCUUAAGGUACAGAUGGUUAAUAGGGUGAAGUCCUCUAUUUUAGUUCUUGUGUUUACAUUGAAGUCUUAUACACAUGCUUUUAUUUCCACUCUUAUUGUAUCAAAGUUCUACAAGAUGGUAAUGGUAUAGAUAAACAACUUGAGUUCAACUUUGCCUUCAGUAAAACUCUACAAACUUGCUAAGUAGAGGAUGAUACAAUUUACUAAAAGCAGUUUCCCAACAUUCAUUAAUAAUAAUGAUCUC